CCGACCCAAACAGCAGGAGAAUUUGAUAAAGGAGCAUCGCGCCCAAAUAAGGUUAAACCAUGAGCUGGGCGGUGGAGGAGUGGAAGGAUGGACUUCCAGGGAAAGCCCUGCAGAAGAUCCAGGAGAUGGAAGUCCAGCUGGAUAAACUGAAGAAGGAGAAGACACAAAAGCAGUUUCAGUUGGACUCCUUAGAAGCUGCACUCCAAAAACAAAAGCAAAAGGUGGACAGUGAACGUACAGAGACGUCUGCUUUGAAGAGAGAAAAUCAGUCUUUAGUAGAGUCAUGCGACUCUCUAGAGAAAGCUCGGCAAAAGGUUGUACAUGAUCUUGGAGUCAAAGAACAGCAGGUGAGCUACCUGGAAGGUCAGCUUAACUCCUGCAGAAAAACCAUUGAACGACUCGACCAGGAGCUCAAGAAGCACAAAAAUGAACUGGAUCGUUCCCAGCCUGCUGGCUCUUCCUCACUGUCAUCAUCCUCCUGUGAGCUGCAGACCUACGCCACUCCACAAAAGAGUUUUCAGACACCAGCAUCGAUCCCAGCCUACAGACAGCAUGAUAAUAGACUAGAGGAGCUGCAGGAGAAGUACAACCAAGAGGUUGAAGAAAGAAAAAGACUGGAAAGUGAACUCAAAGUCUUGCAGGUCAAACUAUUGAAUCAGUCUUCAGUCAGUGUAAGCCACAAGGACAUUGCUGCCCGACAAGCCGGGUCUUCCAUUUUCCCAUGGCAACAGCAGGAUUCUGCCCAUCGCCGCCAGUCUCAGGACAUAAUGGAAACACCUCUAAAGAGGCGAGGGACAUCCCUUUGGGACGCCCAUGAGGAGACGCCAAUCAAACCCAGCCAACGGAUGAGCUCUUCCAGAGCAGCACCGAGUCCCAGUGGAUCCUCUCAACAGAUGGAGCAGCUAAAGACUUUGAACCAAGAGCUGCGUGGCCGUGUGUCAGAACUAGAGAGGAACUUAGCCAAUCAGGAGAAGGAAAUUCGUAACCAAACGUCCAAACUGCAGGAACUUCAAACGCAGCUGAACCAGGCCCGUAAAGACCUCAGCGAGCGGGACAGAGACCUGGCCAAGGCCAAACAUGAGCUGAGUCAGGCCACAGACCAACACCAGCAGGUCGAGUCCAAGUGUUCAUCGGUUGAGCAGAAACUAAAACAAGUCACUGAGGAGAUGAGUUGUCAGAGGCACAAUGCUGAAAGCUGCAGACGGGCACUGGAGCAGAAACUCAAGGACCAAGAGAGAGACAGUCAGAAGGAACUUGCCCAGCUGCAGAGUUCCCAUCAUGCUUUGGAUCAACAGCUAAACCAGACCAGAACCAAGCUGACCCAAGAGAUCCAACAGGCCAAAAAAGACCACAACAUACUGCAGGCGGACAUGGAGAAGAUGUGCUUCCAGAAGAAGCAGAUGGAGAAAGAGAUGGAGGAGCAGAAACAGAAGCUGCUGAGGUCAGAACAAAGCCUUCAGGCCUGUCAGACCAAAGAGCAGGACCUCCGCAAGAAAAUGGAGGAGCUGCAGAAAGAGAAGAACAGUAUGACUGUCCAGUUGGACCAGAGCAACAGGCGCCUCUCUCAGCUGGAAGAAGAGAAGAAGAGUUCAAACCAGAGCCUCAAACGUACCCAGGGACUGCUAGAUGAUCUGAAAGCUAAAUCUGAAGGGCAGGCGGAGGAGCUGAAGAAACUUCAGUGUAAACUGGAGCAGCAGGCUCAGACUUCAGCACGUGAACAGGAAAACUUAAAGAAAACACUUUCUGAUGCAGAGACCAGAAAUGACAGAUCUCAGAAUGAACUCCAGAAACAGAAACAAGAGUCAGAGAGGCUGAGCAACAGGGUGACGGUGCUAGAGAAGGAGAGCCAAGAGUUGAAAUCCAACCUCUCUGCGAGUCAGAAUGAAUGUAAGGAACUGAAACGAGAACAUCAAGCUCUGCUGGACUGGAAGAAUGAGAAGGAGAGCUUAAUUAAUGAAACUGAAGCUGUGCAAAAGGAUCUCGCAGACAAAAUUACCAGCUUGGAGAGCAGUUUGGGUUCACUGAACGAGGCUAAUGAUGAACUUCAGAAGAAGCUCACGUGUGUAGAGGGAGAAAAGGCCAGUCUGUCUGCUCACAUUGAUUCCCUGAAGGGAGAACUCCUCAACAAGUGCACAGAUCUGGAGGAGAAGGCGCAUCAGUACAAGGAGCUUCAGUCUCAGUUCUCUGAGGCUGGACAGAAACACGCUAAAGACUUGGAGAACAUAGGAGUGCAGGUGGCUCAGCUUGAAGCACAGGUCAAAGAUCUGGAGUUGCGUUUGCAGAAGGAAAUCACUCGAGCUGAACUCGCUGAGAGGAUGAACACUGACCUGCAGGAUGAGCACAAGGCAACCUGUGAUCUGGUCUGCUCCAAAGAGCAGCUGGUACAGCUGGGGAGGGCUGAGAUCAGCCAGCUGAGGGAAAGCCGUGCUCAGACAAUUGCACAGCAGGAGGAGCAAAAUGCCAGGUUGGCAGAGGAGAAGGCAGACCUCCUAAAGCAGUGUGAAGAACGUGUUUCAGCAAAGGCUGAGGAGACUGAGCACAUCAAGCUGCAGUUAGAGGAGGCCCAGCAGGAGCUGCUGCUCACCAAAAACCAGAUCAGUUCCUUAGAGCAGUUCCUGAAGGUCCAGGAGCAACUGGGAGCAGAGCUGCAGAAACAAGUUAAGACAAUGACAGAGCGGGAAGAGGAACAAAUUCGGAUGUACAACAAAAAAUCAGAAGAACUCAGACAAUUAGAAAUGGACCUCAGUGAUCAGCGGAAACAAACAGAGGAGAAGGAGAAGCAGCUCAGAGAAGCUGAAGUUCAGAUAUCAUCUGUGGAGAAACAAAAAGCCGAGCUGGAAAAUGCAAUUCAAGAUUUGAAGAAAGAAGCAGAGAUCAUUCAGCACAGACAGACCGAGAAGAUCAGCAGCCUCCUGGAGCAGAUUUCAUCCUUAGAAGAAAAGGUGGAUGUGAACAAAGAUGCAGCGGAGAAGCUUCCAGUCUUGAAGAAUGAACUGGAUGUAGCCACUCAGUCCAACGCUGACCUUAAAAAGUCACUAGAAGCUCUUGAGAAGAAUCACUCCUCCACUAUAGAAAUUAAGUCUAACCUGGAGAGCACUCUGGCCGAGAAGAUGAAUCUUAUCUCUCCUUUGGAGAAUGAAGUAAAAGAUCUCACAGAGAAAAUGGGUAAAGAGUCAGAGCGUCACGCUUUGGAGAUUGAAAACUUCCUCAAAAAAGAGAAGAGCCUUGAUGAACAGCUCGAAGCCACAAAGAAAUCAGUCAGCGCUGCCAAAGCAGAGUCGAGUUCACGUCGGGAGGAGAUCCGGACCAUGAAGGCGACUCUGUCUGCAGCGUCACGCGGCUUGGAAGAGAGAGACAGCACCAUACAAGAUCUGAAGGAAAAGCUGAAUAAAGCUGAGGCAGAACAGACCAAAACCUCGGAACUCCUGAAGGAGAAGGUGGUCGCCAUGAAUAAAAUCAAGGUGCAGCUAGAGAUGCUCCAGAUGGACUUGGAGGACAACGAGACAGCCAUGACCUCCUUUGACAGUCAGGUGGAACAGCUUAAAGGAACUAUAGAGUCACUGGAGGCCAUGCUUGCUCAGAGCCAGACCCAGAUGUCUGAAAUGGAGGCCAUGCUGGAUGAGGGCAGAGCCCAGGUCUCUGUUUUGGAAGCCCGCUUAGAUGAGGUCCAGUCACAGAACUCACUCUUAGAGUCAAAGUAUGUCACAGCUAAGGAGGAGUUAUUUGAGAGAACCUGUGAAAUAACUCGUCUGGAAGAGGAAGCUAUCCGACGUCACGAACUGGAAGAGAGUGUUGCUACAUUAGAGGCUAAACUCAGUCAGAUGACACAAGACAACGAAAAGCUGGAGACAACUCUCAGGGAAACCAUUCAGGACAAAGAGAGCAGUCUAAGUCUGCUUCUCCAGGAGAAAAACAACCUCGAGUCUUCUCUGAAACAGCUAAUACACGACAGAGAGCAAGUCGAAGGUGAAAUGGUGCACGUAAAUGCAGAAAAGAAACUGCUCCAAGUCACUGUAGACGCACUGUCUGAGGAGAACAAACAACUGCAGUCUAAUAUUGAACAGGUAACUGAGGAAAAGCAGCAAACAGAAGCCAAGAUUAAUGAAAUAACUGCUCGGAAACAUGAGGCUGAAUCUGCCCUUAGUCAGCUCACUGAAGCAAAAGCCCAGUUAGACGAUAUCCUGAAAAAGACGAACGAAGAAAACGUUCAACUUGCAGAUGAACUACAUGCAUUAACUUCUGAGAAAAAUGACCUGGUUACUAAUUUGAAUCAAGUAGUAGAGGAAAAGGUUCAACUGGAAUUGAGCUAUAAUCAACUCUCUGAAGAAAACAUCAAACUACAGUCUAAUGUGAAUCAAAUAACUGAGGAGAAGCUGCAGUUACAGGAACUCAUAAAGGGGCAUGGAGAUGAGGUUGCUUCUCUCAGAGAGGAGAACGUGUGCAUCCAGCACUCCCUGCUGACCUCAGAACAGGAGCGCCAGAGACUGAAGGAGCAGCUUGAGCUGAUGGAGGAGAGGACUGAGGCGACGAAUAAAGAGCAGAGCGAGCGGUUUACAGCAGAGCAGGCUGAACUGCAGCAGAAGCUGGCGGGCUUGCAGAAGGAGCUGACUGUGUUUAAGCAACAGUAUGAAUCACUGCUGGAACAAGUGGGCCAGCAGCACAGCCUCAUUCAGCAGCUGUCAGAAUUCAAGAGCCCAGCAGACAGAAACAACAUGGAGGAGGCAGAAACUGAUGCUGAAGCAGCAGCCGAGAGUCAGGUAGAACCAGCAGUUAAUUCAAGCCUCUGCACCAGUUCGGAGUCCCUUCCAGUAGAGGGGGAACUUAUGGUGUCUGAACCGACUGAAUUUCCUGAUGCUUUCAGCGAGGCCAAGCUGGUCUUUAAGGUGGAUGCCACCGAGCAGGAGGUGACGCAGGAACAGUCAGAGGAGGGCAGGGAGGCGUUUGUAGCAGAUGUAGAGGAAACAAAGACGAAUGAGGAGGAGCAGCUACUUCCUGAACAGGUUUCUGAAGAAAGCUCCGACUCCAGAGAUGUUCUUGUAGAUGAGCCUGUAAUCUAUGACGUGUCUCCACAACCUUCCUCCUUCAGUGAGAAAAGAGACACGAAAUCGUGUGAGUCAUCCCUGGUAAAUGAUGAACUCGAACGUUACAAGGAAAUUAUCAGAAAACAAGAAAAUGAGCUUGAGACUCUGUGCUCAGAGUUCGACCUGCUGAGCUCUGACCUGGAACUGAGAAAGGAGCUGACCUCUGAACUGGAAGUCCAGGUUCAAAACCUGGAGCAGAAAGUUCAUGCUGCAGAGGAAGAAGCCCACAGUGCAGCCUGUCAGCUGAAAAUUGCUUUGGAUUCAAAGAAAAAUCUUUCUGAUGAGCUGACCCAGCUGUCCGAGGAGAAGGAAACUUUAACUCUACAGCUACAAACCACUAAGUGCCAGCUGACUGAUGUUAUGGAGAUGCUGGAAGGACUUGAGAUGGCCAAAGGUGGAUGGGAUGAGAAGUUUCUUCAGCAAGAGAGCGAGCUUAAGAGGGUUCGCUCGGAGAAAGCUAACCUGGAACAGCACAUCCUGGGAAUGGAGUCUGAACUGGAGACUAUGCAGGCUGAGGGCGCCAGACUGAAGGGUGAGAUGGAGACUCAGAGGAGGACUUUUUCAGGCAUGGAGCAAAAGAUAGAAACACUCAUUACUGAGACAACUCAGCUGAGAUCUGAACUGGUGUCUUGCACUGAAGAGCGAGAUGAGUUGAGCCAAUCCUUGAGCCACUGGAGGGAGAAAGUUCACAGUCUGGAGAAAAAUAAUUGUGACACAAGAAACCUCAUUUCCAUCCUGGAGGAUGACAUCAGAGCAGGAAGGAAGGAGUAUGAAGCCCUUCAAAGCAGCACAGACAAACUGAAGACAGAGAGGCAACAGCUGGUGGAGCAAGUUAAAGAGCUAGAGCAGACAAUCUCCCAGCACUGUGGAGAAAGAGAGGAGCUGAUUGGUCAUCUUAACCAGAUAAAAGAGGACCACAGUUCCUCCAGUCAAAACACAGAGUCCAUGGCUGGAAAGAUAAAGGCUUUAGAGGGAGAAGUGUUUCGCCUUUCCCAGUCUUUAGAGUCGUCUCUAUUAGAGAAAGGAGAGAUUGCCUCUCGCCUGAAUUGCACCCAAGAUGAGGUCCAGCAGAUGAGAACUGGUAUCGAAAAACUCCAAGUCCGCAUUGAGUCGGAUGAGAGGAAGAAAAAGAAGAUGGGAGAGCUCCUUAAAGCCGCCCAGAGAAGGUCUGACUCACUGCAAGAUCGCAUUGAUUCCCUGGAGCGAGAGAAGGAAGAUGUAGAGCAAAGUUUAGAAGAAGCAGUGCUGCAGGCGGAAAUGGCUAAAGCUGAGCUGGAGGAGGAAAGGAGAAUGGUGGAGGAAGAGAAAAAAGAGCUUAGUGCGAAAAUCUCUGAGCUCUCUACCACUCUGGAAAAUUUGAGAUCUGAGAAAGAACACAUGGAGAGACAGCUGGAAAUAAAAAACAAAGAAAUCGAGGAACUGAAGGCAGCUAAGGAGGAGCUGGAGAGAGGACUGGAGAAGGCAGAGGCAGAAAGAAAGGAGGAAGAGGAAAGACAGAAAUGCAGAUUAGAAGAACUGGAGAAAGAGAUGAAAGGGGAAGCAGAGAGACAGAUUAGAGUGUUGGGUGACCUCCAAGCACAGCUGGAAGCCUCUCGGCAAAGAGAAAUUUCACUUGAACAAAAGGGCACAGAAGAGGAAGCAGAGAAAGAGAGGAUGCAGGCUCUCCUGGUGCAGUUAGAGGAGGAGAAAAAACAUCUGCUGAAUUCACUACAGGAGUCACAGACAGAAGGAGAGAAGCUCCGCGCUCAUGGAGAGGAGUGGGAGACAGAAAGAAACAGCCUGAGGACCCAAACUGAAGCUCUGGAAGAAGAAAUAGAAGAGCUUAAAACACUCAUAAAAGCUACCGAGGACAAGAUGGAGGUUUUAGAAAAGGAGGAGGAGGAGGACAGAGAUCAGAAGCAGGCCUUGGAAAGAUCCGUCUCCUCUCUUAUGGCAGAGAAAGAACAGAUCGAGGGAGAAAAUGGACGACUUCUACAGGAAAAAGAAGAACUGCGCACAGCUCUUUUAUCAUUAGAACAAGAGAGAGAUAAGCUGCGCUCCUCUCUGUUAUCUGUAGAAGAUGAAAAGGAGAGAUUAGAUCAGGAGAGAAGUGUGUUAGCCAGCGAGAGAGAAGAGCUUCAGUCGAGUCUCUCCUUGUUAGAUAAAGAAAAGCACGACUUGCAGCAAAAGCUCUCUUUCUUAAAUCAAGAGAAGGAGAGAGAGGAGGAGGAAAAGCAAAAGAUAGAAGCUGAAAAACAGGAACUGAAGUCUUCUGUGUCUUUGAUGGAAGAAGAAAAAAAGAACCUGUCUUCAGCUCUGCUUUCACUGGAACAAGAGAAGGAGAAACUCGCAGAAGAGCACGAGCAUCUUAAGACAGCAGUGACCUCUAUGGAGAAGGAGCUGGAAACACACAAAGUGUCCGUCUCACAACUCAGUGAACAGGUCUCAGAGUUAACAUCGCGUGCCGCUCGUCUGACUAAAGACAAAGACUCUGCCCUGAGCAAGAUGAGUCUUUGGAUGAAGACCUGCAAACAGCUGGAGCAGGAGAAGGAAAUGAUGUUAAACGGCUCAGGGGCAGGGAAGAGCAGUGAGGAAGGGCAGACUGAGCUGACCCAGCUGAGGAAGGAGGCAGAGAAACUAAAGGAAGAAGUGGAAAACCUAAAGUUAGCCUUGGAGCAGAAGAUGACGGAGGCUGAAGAAAGACUGACGGAGUCUCAAGAAAAAGACCAAGAGGUGAACAAACUUAGCGCUGCACUUGAUGGAAAGAGAAAGGAAUUAGAGGAGAAGGUUAAAGAGCUGGAGGAGAUGAAGACUGAGUUGGAAGAAGUGAACAAACUUCUGGAGGAGAAAAGCAAAGAGGCAGAUGAGAGCAUGGAGAAAUACUGCAGCCUGAUGCUUGAGGUUCACAAACUGGAAAAGACCAACGAGGCACUGAAAACCCGACUGGAGCUGAUUGGUGCUAGCCAAAAUGCUAAUGACAGCCACUCCAGCAGCACCGAAGGCCGCCAGCGUUCAGGGAGGAAGUCUUCCACCAGACAUCAGGAAAUAAAAAUCGACAACAAUACCGAAAACAUUGCUCCUUCGACUACUCAGAGAUCUCCCCCGGGCUCAGGGAAACGAGGUCACCGUGAAAUCAGCAAUCGAGACAGCGCCCAGGAGGCCCUACACAAUGUGACAAAGAGGAUCAAAGCCAACGCCACGACCACACCCAAAUCAAGACCUGAACAGGAAGAUGAAGAGUUCAGACCAGAGGGACUUCCUGAGUUGGUACAGAGAGGUUUUGCUGAUAUUCCUCUGGGGGAGGCCAGUCCUUUCAUCAUCAGGAGAACCACAGUGAGGCGCUGCAGCCCUCGACUGGCUGCCAAACAAACUACAUCUGAUGGCAACGGUUUGGGGCCCAUACCUCUGCAGAGUCCCUCUGCUGUUAUGGCAACAGACACUGCGAACAGGAAGUGUUCCCCGAGUUCUCAGAAGACACCAGAAAAACAACUAAGAGAACAAACAGAGCAAGGAGACAACUGUCAUGUUCAGUAGAUCAGCCUGGACUUGCACGUACACAGCCUUCCACUUAGAAACACACACAUGUACGUCACAAAAUGUUAGUGAUCCAUGUUUGUAAAGGUACACGGAUCUUUAAAGACACGCUUAUUUUAAAGGUAUACUCCUUCCUAAAAUGCACUUUUCCUUUUGGGUUUGCGGGGCUGUGAGUCGCAUUUGCUGGUAAAUGUUUUUCUGCCAGAACUUUAUAACAUUAAAUUACUUCCUAGGUGUUGUUCUCUUCAGGUUGCUCAAAAAACAAAGCACUAACUCCAGUAAGGUGUCGAGGCAGUUUAAUAUGUACACAUGCACUGAUUGUCUUUGUAGAAAUGUUCAUUCCUGUCAUAUCUUCUUCCCUUUUUAUCUUCUAACAGUUUUCUCGUGGAACUUACUUAUUUUCUUUUGUACUGUUCUUUAUGUUUGUAGAUAAAUAUUGUUUUAUGUCUUUUAUUAUUCUGAAUGCUGUAUCUAUAGUAAAUGCACCUGUUUCAUUGAUCUGUCUUGUAAAAAGCUGAAUGCCAGUGGCAGCUAAGAUUUUCUAUUCCAAAAUUAGAACAAAUAUGAAAACAGGUUUUUGACUCCUUUUCUUGCUUAAUAAUCUUUGUUUCUCUUUUUUAGACUUAGGUCUUAUUGACCAGUGUGAAUAGUUAGCAAUGCAUAAUGGCUUUUUUACUAAAUCAUUUUUAC